AUGCUAGACCUUAUACCUUCUGAAAUCCUUUCUCUCAUAGCUUUUCACUUAUCCCUCGAAUCUCUUUCCCCUCCCAUUUCUCUUCUAUGUACAUCCAAACCCCUCUAUACGGCAUUAUCCCCACGAACCAAUCCUCGUCUUUACUCUCGAUUAUUCCGUCUAUCAUUCGAUACCUCAGCUCCCACUCGUCGACUUGGGAGACGAACAUUGACAGCAGGGGACUUGGCGUCAGAAUUGAAAAACAGGGUGAAAGUGUUGAACCGUUUGAAUAAAAGAGUGACCAAUGGUGAUGUCACUCAAGUGUCAGAUGAAGAAUUAUGGACAGUUUAUAUUAUGAUGAUUGAAAAUGAUGGGUUAAAUAUCAAGCAUUUGAUCGGCAAAGAUGCAAAGGUUGAUUUGAUAAAGUUUUUGAAAAUGUAUCAUGAACAACAUUUGUUAGCGGCGGCUAUCGAGCCUGGUUAUCCUAAAGAGACAGUCGGACGAUCUUUAGCGAUGUGGAUUGCGUAUUUGUUGAGUGGGUAUGAUACAAACCAACAAGAACAUCCGGAAGAUAGAGAUGAAAGACUUUUUGUCUUACGUCCAUACGUUUUCGCAGCUCAACAAUACGAACUUUAUUACGGACCUUGGACUCUUCCUGAUCUCCCUUUAUCCCUAUCUCAUCCUCAUCUACAAGCUCAAAUCCCAGAUCAUAAUCCCUUUAUUGCUGAUCUCACACCUAAAUCUCGUUUACAAAAAAUAAACUAUUUCGGCUCUACUCUUUCACUUUCUCAUCCGAUGUUAUCACACGCUGCAAUCUUACGUUUCUUCGCACGAUCCCCUUCGAAUCCUCUUGACGAAGAAGAUGAUAUUCAAGCUCCGUUCAUUGACUUACCCUCUGGAUCAUCUAGAACAGAUGGAGAACGAAAAGGUUCUUCGGAGAUGAUAGAACAUCGUCCUGUUUUGUCAGAUUCAAAAACUCACGAUAGGGAUUUCAACAGGUUGAUUUCAUGUUAUGAUCCCUCUGUAUGUAGAGGUAUGUCCCGUGCUGCUUGGAGAGGAAGUUGGACAGGAUGUUGGGAAGGUAAUUUUUCAUUCUUCGAUUUUGAUGCUUUCAGAGAAAUGUUAGCUGGACAUAGUAGAGCGUUGUAUGAAGGUCCAUUUGGAGAACAAAGACAAGUUUGGAGGAUAAAACAUACUUAUGUUCGACCUAUUCGACAUGGAUUACCUUUAACAGGACCAAUAACGAAUGCUGGUUUCCCCACUGAAAAUGCUUCUACUAGAAAUGCCAGAUUAGACAGUCCAGCAGCUGAAGCCGCUACCAUAAGGGAUAUUUUAAAAGGACAAAUUGAGGCUAUCAAAGGGUAUGAGGAAGUCCCGGAAGAAGAAUUGGAUGAAGCUUUUGGAGAUGAUGGUGGGGAAAGUCAAGGUUUGGAAAUGAUUUUGACAGGGACGGGACAUAGUGCUUGGGGGAGGUUUGUGUUAAGAGGAAGAGUUAGAGCUUGGGAUGGGAUGGCUUCUUUAGUGAAGGAAUAUGCGCCUGAUUCCAGAGGGAAAUGGAUUUAUCGAGGAUAUAUACUUUCCGGUGAUGUGUUCGUUGGACGUUGGAGAGAUACUUUUACACCUGAAGCUUUUGUGGGUUACGAAGGUACUUUUAUACUGAAUCGAAGAUCUACAUAA